AUGGAGCUCUGGAACUCUACCUCAGGAAGUGGCUUCAUCUUGGUGGGGAUUCUGACAAACACUGGAUCUCCUGAACUGCUCUGUGCCACAAUUGCGGUGCUGUACAUGUUGGCCCUCACCAGCAAUGGCCUGCUGCUCCUGGUCAUCACAAUGGACACCCGACUCCAUGUGCCCAUGUACCUCCUGCUUGCACAACUCUCUCUCAUGGAUCUCCUGUUCACAUCGGUCGUUACCCCCAAGGCCCUUUUGGAUUUUCUAAGCAGAGAUAAUACCAUUUCCUUUGGAGGCUGUGCCCUUCAGAUGUUCCUGGCACUGACUCUGGGUGGUGCAGAGGACCUCUUACUGGCCUUCAUGGCCUAUGACAGGUAUGUGGCCAUUUGUCACCCUCUGAACUACAUGGUCCUCAUGAGGCCAAGGGUCUGCUGGCUCAUGGUGGCCACAUCCUGGAUCCUGGCUUCUCUGAAUGCUCUAGGACAUACUGUGUAUACCAUGCACUUCCCCUUUUGCAGGUCCUUGGAAAUCAGGCACCUGCUUUGUGAGAUCCCACCCUUACUGAAGUUGGCCUGUGCAGACACCUCCAGAUACGAGCUCAUGCUAUACGUGACAGGUGUGACUUUCCUCCUGCUUCCUCUUUCUGCUAUCAUUGCUUCUUACACACUAAUCCUGUUCACUGUGCUCCACAUGUCCUCAAGUGAAGGUAGGAAGAAAGCCCUGGUCACCUGCUCUUCUCACCUGACUGUGGUUGGGAUGUUCUUUGGAGCUGCCACAUUCAUGUAUGUCCUGCCCAGUUCCUUCCACAACCCCAAGCAAGACAACAUCAUCUCUGUUUUCUACACAAUUGUCACUCCAGCCCUGAACCCCCUGAUCUACAGUCUGAGGAAUAAGGAGGUCAUGGGGGCCUUGAGGAGAGUCCUAGGAAAACACUUCUUGCUAACACAGUGAACCUUCUUAUAA